AGUCUCGAAAUGGAUGCAGCCUACCAAACUCACUGACAAUGUUGAGAUUUGAUUUUGGCACGAAGAUUGCGCCAAAUCGCUCAUAUGGAUUGGCAACAUUUUCCUUGGAAUAGAGAAAUUAAGUGUCAAAAUGUCCAUGGAAGACAGAGGUGGUCUGCAAAAGCCCAGAGAAAUAGAGACAAGCUGAUUUAAUACAUUUCCAACCAUGGAAAGCGAUAAUGGUGCCGUGAGAGAAGGUGUGUUGGUACCUGUGCUACCAGGUUCGAAAAACUUCGAAAACAGCAUUCGGCCUCCACUGCAAAACUCGUACAUGUACAAGGAGUCUAAGCAGUCUUUCAGAUACAACUCUGCUUUCUUGAUAAACAAUGCUACUCUGCAGGAACGGUAUGAGGCUUUCCGAACAAAGAGGAGAGACAUGGGAUACACAGAGGAAGAAAUGGAGGAGUCCUAUGGCUUCUUGCUGUUUGACGAUGAAAAUAAGGCAAAUAGAGUGGGAGAAACUGGUGUUGUCCCUGGACACAGCACAUGUACCACACUUGGAGAUCCUUCAAAGGGUGUGUACGUGUCCAAGUACUCGGACUGCCUGGACUUAAACCGCUGGUACCACGGGAAGUCUGGGUACAUCGCCAUCAUCAGGCUCACCAAGGGCAGGGUCAGAGAAGUGACUGAGAACUACACAGUAAACUACACCUCUCCCUCUAAUGGGUUUGACUGUCAUGUAUCAGAGCAGCUCAGUUCUGUGUCAGCCAACACCAGCUCCUUCCUGGCCUUCGAGAGAACACAGUACUACAUGUAUGAGCUGCCUGUUGGAGGGGCAGUCCAGCCUCCCAGCCAUGUCUGCCCAUUCGCUAUCGUGGCUUUCUCCUAUUGGGAUACCAAGACACCCGCAUCAGAGGAGAAGGAGAAAAGUGAGGAAGAAAAAACAGUCUUUCACUACUAUCCGUGGAGGGGCCAGCUCCAAAUCAGCUCUCAGAUCUACCAUGUGGGUCUGAAGUCCAGCACAGGACCCCUAAUCCCAGCUAAACUUCCAACAAUGAUGUCAGUUGACGGAGCAAUUCAAAUGUCAGACCUGAGGCAGAAAUUACCGAAGGCUAUAUUUGAAACCUGUUUCUCCGGUGAAGUGUCUCUGGAAGGAAUGGGUUGCAGUCUGUAUGAGCUUUCACCCAGUGAGGCUGAAGACACCUCUCUCUCUCAGCUCACACAGGGCCUCAAGGAGAAAGACCUGGCCCUCACAAUACAACUGAAUGAUAAUGGUUUUCUUAUACUGUUACAUUCAUCUCACUUCUUCACAUAUGAAGAUACUGGGUCCAGUAAGCCAGAGGUAUUGCAGGGGAUGUUUGUGUUUCCAGACUCCAGAGCUAUACAUAGAGCCACAAAGGUCUGCUGGAAGAAGCCCUUCCUCUCACCAGAGUGCCUCCAGGUGGUGCCUGCACUGAACUACGCAGAGACAGAGGUGGAAAAGUGCCUCCCUUCACCAAGCGGGGAGCUACGUGGUUUACUAGAGCAGCAUAUCCAGAGCUACGCUUCCCUCAUCCACCCUGGGCUUACCAUCAGUCCAUCCAGGGAGGCCAGCAUCUUCCCAGAUCAGUUUGAUGUUCCGGACGCCCUCAAAUACCUAUACUCCGCCCCCAAGUGGACUGAGAUGGGAUGGAAACGUCUCAAAUCUUAUUUCCACCAGCCGGGCUCCUUUGAGCUGUCGGUGUCCAGAGCCACGGAGCUUCUGGUGGCAGGGCGAGAGGAGCGAGGAGAUGAGCCGGAUGAUGAUGUCUACUACUGUCUGUCAUCUCCAGAGGGGUCCCCCAUGAGUCCUGCUAGUCUGGGUGGCCCAGAGGAGCAGCAGUCAGGGGGAAAGUCCCCAGGAGACACAGCUGACACAGCAGCAGACUUUAGUAAAGCACUUGCAGUGUCAAUGGAGGACUUUGAGAAACCUGGUAAGACUAUGGAAGACAGUAAUGCACCAGACAAAGCAGUAAAGGAAGGGAAUAACUUGCUUUCGAAGGAAGUGCAAGAAAGGUUGCCCUCUGAUAUUAGCAAGCCUCUAAUCCCUGCAGAGGAUUUUGCGAAACCUGGCUUGAACAAGGCACAGAGUAAAGCACCAGGGACAACUUUACCUCCAAAAGAGGUGCAGGAGGAGCUCACCUCUGAUCUUUCUCAGCCUUCUGUGUCGGCAGAUGACUCUGAAAAACCUGGGAAGACCAAGGCUGACUGUAAUGCACCAGGGGUAAGAACAGAGGAUGAAGGGACAAGUUUGAUCCCAGAGGAGGUUGAAGUUGAUGUACAAGAAAAGGUGCAUUCUGAUCUUUUAGAUCCUGCAGUCUCUGCAGAGGUCUUGGGGAAAGCUGACCUGGCAGCAUUGGGCAAGGCAGACUGCAACGCACCAGAGGUAGGAGUAGCGAAGGAAGAGACUAACUUGUACCUGAAGGAGGUGCAAAAGGAUAUGCCCUCUGGUGUUUCACAGCCUCCAGUCUCUGCAGAGGUAUUGAGGAAACCUAGUCCGGCCCUGGCGACCAAGCCCAACAGCAAGGCACCAGAGGCAGGCGUAGAGGAUAAUAUGAAAACUUUGCCUCAGAAGGAGGUGCAAGAGGAGGUUCCCUCUGAUCUUUCCCAGCUUGCAGUGUCGGCAAAGGCUUUUGGGAUAGCCAGUAUGAGAGUGAUGAAAAAGGCUACAGAGGUGACAGAGGUUUCAACCUCACCUGCAUCAGGUAACCUCCCAACAGUGUUAGUCAUCACUGCCACUGAAAGAACUGCAACCGUUUUACCUCACAACGAGUCCACCACAAAUAACUCCUCCAGUUUGCCUUGCGCCAAAGUACAGGAUAAGGGCGGGAGUGCUCUCAAUGGACAACGUGGCAAGGCCAAUCAGCCUUCAAAACCCACAGAGGUCAGUCAUUCCUCUAUAUCUGAUUGGAGGAAACGGCCAAGGAAACGUCAUAGAUUUAGCGGAUUGUGUAAAAGGAUCUUGAGGUCUACAGUGGCUGACUUUGAAGAGAAAAAAAAAGAGGACAUGGAAAGUAUCGAUUCAAGUGAAGUUAAACCAUUGCAAAAGGAGGAAAGGAUGGAUGUAACCCAAGUUCACCCAUUGAAAAUGCCAAGAGAACUGAUGAAUUUGAUCCAAGAUCCCCCAUUGAAAAAGAAGGGAAAGAUAGAUGUAACCCAAGUUCACCCAUUGAAAAUGCCAAGAGAAUUGAUGAAUUUGAUCCAAGAUCCCCCAUUGAAAAAGAAGGAAAAGAUGGAUGUAACCCAAGUUCACCCAUUGAAAAUGCCAAGAGAAUUGAUUAAUUUGAUCCAAGAUCCCCCAUUGAAAAAGAAGGAAAAGAUGGAUGUGACCCAAGUUCAUCCAUUGAAAAUUUCAAGAGAAUUGAUGAAUUUGAUCCAAGAUCCCCCAUUGAAAAUGAAAAGCAAGGAUUUAAUCCACUAUCACCCAUUGAGAAAUAAAGAAAGUAUGGAUUUGAUUCAUGACGACCAUCCUUUGAAAAAGAAGACCGAACGAUGGGACUUGAAGGCAAUCAUCUCCGAAUGUGGUAGAAUUUUUGUCCCUCACGGUUCAGAAGUUAUCGCCAAGGAUAUAGAAUCUUUGAAAGUUAAGGGGAAAGUGUUAGAUCACAAACAAUGUGCUGACGAGAUGAUGGUUGAAGCUUGUAUCAAAGUCCCCCAACCCAUAGAAACAGGAGAUGGACCUAACCUAGAGUUGAACAAGUCAGAUGAGAACAAAGAUUUGCCCAUAGGGAUGUUAGACAGUAAAGACAGUCUGCAUGAGGUCAAAAUGGCUGAUGUAGGCAAGAUGGCCUCUCUGAAUCCCUCAGAACUGCUCCUGAACAAAGACACAGAUUCUCCUUCCUCAGGAAAACACAAAAAGAAGCGUCAAUAUGUCGCAAUAUCCCUCAGUCAACUAAAGACAGUCCUUUCAAGAGGGGGAAAGAGAAAUAAACCCAUCAAUCCUGCUCCAGAAGAUCAAACAUCACCCGUGAACAAGAAAAGCAAGGCUGAUACUCCUGGCAUGGAUGAAAUGGAAAAUGUUAAUAUCAACAAAGCCAACCCGGACAGAACCACAGGUGCGAUUGAAGUUUCAAAGGAACAGACAUUUGGCCUAGACCCAAAGUUUGCACUAGCAUUAGGCUUGACUCCUACGGAGUUGAAUAAUGAUGCACACAAAUCUCCAGAAAAAAGUGAUAUUCCAUUAAAGAAAGACAUUCAGAGCAGACUGGACCUGGUCCCACCUCAAGCCACAUCUGACCAAACGUCUGAGGCUUUGCCUAGCUCACCUUCAACAACAGUCAUCUUGGCGAGUCAGAGGAGACCAUUCAAAAAGAAACACGAGCACGCAGACUCCAUUAGGAAAAAAUGGUGGUUGCAUUAUCGCUCACCAGCUGCUUUAGAAAGGGAGACAGUAGCUAUAUCCUCCCAACUAGUGACACUUGACCCGGAUCUCAGCCGUGUUGUCAGUAGGGGUAGGCCCUGCGAAGGUGCCAGCGCUGUAUCGUGCCCACCUGCAGAGUCUCUGACCCUAUUGGCCGAUUUGGCUCGCAGUACCAGUAAUGACAAGGUACUGGAACAACAGUCAGACCCAAAGGCUCUUGAAAAACAAGAUGACCACCCAAGUUUGGUGAUAAGUGACAACAGUGUCAAAGAUGGCAUCUCUCCUCAUGAUCCAGAUGGUGAGCCAGGGUUUGUCCUUCCUGCUCUGCUGAAGCACCCUUCUGCUGCUAGGCUUAAACUCCCCCCUCAGUCUCUGUCACCCAAGGGGCUGGUGGUGGGGAGUGGGGAGCGGGUUGUGUUAGUUUCACAAGAGCAUUCAUACUCACUGCCGCCAUCCUCUCUACUAUUGGGUUUGUCAGGUUCAAUCGUUCAAGUGCCCAUUUCGGAGGGACUUCAGCAGCAUCGCAAGGAUAUCUUUGCUGACGGAACUCAAACACUACGGGCCUUCCUGUGUCAGCAGAAGGACCAGAACAGGAAGGAACCGGGAUUGGCUCGGGAAUCCCUGAGCAGGGGAAUCGGGAGCAGGCAGAAGUUCCAUCGCUUCCGGCAGUUCAUUGAAAAAGAUGGCUCAGUUCAAGUGACAAGGCUGUGGAAGGAAAACUAUAACUUUAAUUCAGACAGCAAAUUUACCAACGACCCUAAGGAUAAAACAGUUAUUAGAGCCCUACAUGGCCCAUGGGAUUUUGACAUUAAGGACACAAAGGAACAGGUUCAGCUCAUCAUCCACAUGUGGAUAGGUCUUUUCUACAGCAGGUCCACUGCGAGGUUCUGCCAGGCAGACUCAAGUCUAACAUGUUUGGAAAAAAAGGAUUCUAUAGAAGUGGCUCAUGGAAUGGUACCAGCCCAGGUUCCACCUGGGACCAAGACAAGUUCCCCUGCUUAUAUAGCCCUCUCCAGGAUACCAGAACCUGACGUUUUGGACCUUAGUAAAAUGGGUCAAAAAAAAGCACAACCAUUAAGCCUGGAAGCUGAGGUAUUGGACCUUUCAAUGAAAACAACCUCAACUGUGCUAGACUCUCUAGACACAGAGUCUAAGCGGAGAAUAGAUUUGAAAAAUCAUCCAUCAUACCUACCAGCAACUGGCCUGCACAAGGAAACCAUCUCUUGUCCAAAACAAAGUACAGGUGUUGAGUUAAAGGUUUACAGAGACCGUGUGGACAGCAUGAUGUCAGAAAAAUCAAGUGACCUGGAUGAUGAUGAAGACUAUGAAACCAACAACCAUGAGAAUGACAGCAAGGGUACCAAAAUGGUGUGUCUCCAAAAUGGUGUGUCCCCUUACGAAAGAACUUUGGAAAGUGAUCGAUCGUACAUACUUUUGUGUGAACAGGCAGCAAGUGUGCACAUUCAUCAAGAAAAGCUCCUGGAGACUCAAACUGCUCAGGUUUUGGAGGGUAACAACAAAAAGCUCCUGGAGACUCAAACUGCUCAGGUUUUGGAGGGCAACAACAAAAAGCUCCUGGAGACUCAAACUGCUCAGGUUUUGGAAGGCAACAACAAAAAGCUCCUGGAGACUCAAACUGCUCAGGUUUUGGAAGACAACAACAAAAAGCUCCUGGAGACUCAAACUGCUCAGGUUUUGGAGGGCAACAACAAAAAGCUCCUGGAGACUCAAACUGCUCAGGUUUUGGAGGGCAACAACAAAAAGCUCCUGGAGACUCAAACUGCUCAGGUUUUGGAAGGCAACAACAAAAAGCUCCUGGAGACUCAAACUGCUCAGGUUUUGGAAGGCAACAACAAAAAGCUCCUGGAGACUCAAACUGCUCAGGUUUUGGAGGGCAACAACAAAAAGCUCCUGGAGACUCAAACUGCUCAGGUUUUGGAGGGCAACAACAAAAAGCUCCUGGAGACUCAAACUGCUCAGGUUUUGGAGGGUAACAACAAAAAGCUCCUGGAUACUCAAACUGCUCAGGUUUUGGAGGGCAACAACAAAAAGCUCCUGGAGACUCAAACUGCUCAGGUUUUGGAAGGCAACAACAAAAAGCUCCUGGAGACUCAAACUGCUCAGGUUUUGGAGGGCAACAACAAAAAGCUCCUGGAGACUCAAACUGCUCAGGUUUUGGAAGGCAACAACAAAAAGCUCCUCCAAAAGGAGGAGGAGAUGACGGGUGAUGGAGAAACAAACGCAAUGUGUCUUAAAACCAUGGGCUCUAAGGAUGUCAAUAAGGAGCAACAACUUAAAGAUAACGAUUCAGUCAAAACAAUACCAUGCAUAGAAGUGCAGAUGGAUGGUGAUGCUGCCAAUAUGGCUGACACAGUUGAGCGUAAUGCAAAUGAAGCCAGAGAUGGGGCUCACGUUGUCAUCUGUGAUGGCAGUGAGUCAAAAGAGGAGAUGCACAAAGUAGAUCACAACGUGAAGGAUUCUGUUAAAGCAGCAAAACCAGAAGCAGUGCAUGCUGGGAAAGAUACCACAAACAAGAAAAUCACUAAAGCACAAACUGCUGUGCAUGUUGGGAAGGAUUUCAUUGAUAACGAUAAGGCACUCAAAGCAGUGCACAGUGAAAAUGUUCUCAGAGAUUAUGGAAACACCAAAGACCAGGUGCAAACUGCAAUGCAGGAUGGGAAUGAUACUAGAGAUGAGACCCUACCAGCGGUGAUUUGUGGAGAAGAUUCAGGAGAUGAAACACCACCUGUGGUGUGUGAUGGGAACACGUCUGUGGCUGAGACACUACCAGAGACAUCACAUACUGAAAAUGAUUCCCAAAAAGCAACACUGGCAGUGGUGUGUGAUGGGAACACGUCUGUGGCUGAGACACUACCAGAGACAUCACAUACUGAAAAUGAUUCCCAAAAAGCAACACUGGCAGUGGUGUGUGAUGGGAACACGUCUGUGGCUGAGACACUACCAGAGACAUCACAUACUGAAAAUGAUUCCCAAAAAGCAACACUGGCAGUGGUGUGUGACGGGAACACGUCUGUGGCUGAGACACUACCAGAGACAUCACAUACUGAAAAUUAUUCCCAAAAAGCAACACUGGCAGUGGUGUGUGAUGGGAACACGUCUGUGGCUGAGACACUACCAGAGACAUCACAUACUGAAAAUGAUUCCCAAAAGGCAACAUUGGCAGUGGUGCAUGGUGGAAAUGAUCUGAGAGAUACGACACUACCUGUGAAAUGUAAUGGCAAGCUGUACAUAGACGUAGAACCCACUGUAGUGCAUGAUAUAAAUGGUUCCACGGAUGAGGAACUACCAAUGGGGCAGGGUGGAGAUGUUUCUGCUGGGACUAGCAGAGUACUGCCAGAGAUGCAUGGUGAGAUUAAAUGUAAAGAUGUACUGCCCACGCAAGUAUUUCCAGUAUGCGAUGGGAACAUUCCUUUUGUAGGCGAGUUUGACACACUCAUUCAGCCCAAUAAUGUUUUAGGAGUGGCUAAACAUGAAAUAAAUGAGGCUGAUGUACAAACUAAAGAACAUGAAAAAGAAUUGAUGCAGGGUCAGAGUAAAUCUGAUGAUGUCACAACUCAAAGUUCCACAACAUUCCCGCCAGGGUCCCAACAUUCUCAAGACGAGACAUUAGAAAGGCUGACAGGUCAGGUAGAAAUACCACUGAUUCCCAGGGAAGACAUCGCACACACAGAUGUUCUACAUUCAAUAGGUUUGGCAUCAGAGAUGGCGCAAGGUCAGGUAGAAAUUCCAUUUAUUGGAGUAGAAAUACCAUUUAUUGGAGUAGAGAAGAAUAGCCAGGAUAUCAAUCAUACAGAGGUGCAUGAUUCUCCCCCAAGUCAGAAAGAGACACUGAUCACAGUCUGUGAUAGUGCUAAUGUGUUAUCAGGUGAACUGCUAGCAAAAAUAUUUUCAAAGGGAACAGAAUCUGUCAGUCGAUGCCCAACUGUGGAUGAGGUGCUGUAUGAUUACAUCCCCAUUCCUGACGUCUGCAGUGCCUCCUUGGCCAUCUGUGAUGCCGAUGGGGUCAGCAAACCCCUCAGCACUGGGGAAGGUUACAGCAGAUGCCCAACUCCUACAGAAGACGAGCCACCUUUUGUUCCAGGACUUUCUUAUGACCAUCACACACCAAACACUGUUUUGUUGCCCAAUGCGAAAGACACCAACAGUCCCAACCUCGAUAGUGGUCUUGCGCUCAUUGAAAAUGAAAAGGAUCAUCAUGAACCAAGUCUUAGUCUCUAUAAAGUUAGGGCUGCUACUGGGUUGCACAAUCUGCAUAAAUCCAGCAACAAUAACAAACCAAAUCAUCUGGAAGCCAUUGAUAAUCGGUUCUCUCAAGUAUUGGCUGAUCCUCGCAAGAACCCAAUCGCCACUAGCACACCUCUCAACACUCCCGCAUCUUCUUUAAAGGAAAGAAGCGAUUACGAUCCAUAUUCAAAUACGCGACUUGCCGCUGUUGAACCAGGCCUGCAUGCUCAUUCAAAUCGCCAUUCGCUGCAUAGUUUCUCUUACUCGUUUCCCAACACCCACUGUUCCUUAACAGAGAAAGCUGCCUUCUCUGUGCCAUCAAUCCACCCGGAAGUCCUGUCCAAUGAAACAACAUUAACUGGGAACUUUAGUGAAAUUGCUUUAGAAAGAGAGACUUGCUUGCAUCCUGCCUUAAGUGAGCUCAUCCUACAGUCCACCCGUCUGAGUAUUCCAGUGGGCAGUGGACCUACAGCAGCUUCUCAGAACCUUUCAGUGCACAGUUUUACUCAGCCCCAGCCAAACAGCCAGAAACCUGCCAUGAUUGUGAAUGUCUCCAAGAGUGAGGACAGCAGAGGACAGUACAACUGGGAAGAAGAACAAACAGAUAUUGACUCUAUGUCUUCAGAUGUCCUAAAAAGCAAACAAACCGAUACCCCUGUCCGCUCAAACACUAAUGCUCACCCUUAUAACACACAGUAUGCCACAGAGAUGAGACAGAUUGCAGUUUUGCAAGAUUAUGAGGAUGUUAUGGCUGAUGAGGAUGUUAUGGGUGAAAAUGAGGCACCUUCUGUAGAUAAAGACAACAUUGAAUCCAGUUUAGAGACCAAUUGGAUAUCAGAUGACAAACAUUUAAGAAGUAAAUUCCGGUUAAAUAAAACAAGACUUGACUUCAUCAACUCUUUACGCCAGUCUCAGGAAUGGGAGCAAAGGGAAUUUGAUGGGGUUUUGGACUUCAACAAGCAAGGCACUUCCUCGUCAGUCACCAUCCAGUCUGAAGAAUCAGACAAACUACUUUCCCAUAUGGAAGAGAACCAACAGGAGUGGUUAAAGUAUUGUAGGGCUAAGAGGAGUGGCAGCCCGAUGGAUAUGACCAAGGAAGAAGACUCCUCAGUGGCAAAGCCACGCUUAGUUACCGUUUUGGAUCACAAAGGAAACAGAAUCACCUAUGAAAACUAUCCCGUUUUAAAACCUACAGCAAGCAUGCACACACGGACAGAUCCUGACUCGAACAGACAGGGCUUGAGCAGUUUUCUGGAGUUCUCCAAGAGGUGGGAUGAUACACAUAACGCUGAUGAAUCUGAUCUUACUCAGUCAUCUAUGGAUCUGGAGACCCUCAUCUUCUCAGAGAGAAUGAACCAGAUGCUAAAACGUAAGAGUAGUAGCAGCAGCAGGUACAUCCGAUCGAAACACCGCAGGUCAAACGUAGAAGAAAGAGCUUCCACCAGUAGCCCAGCUGUGACAGUGCACUUUUCCAGUCUACAGGAGGAUCAGGACGGCUCCGAGGAGCACUGGGAGGCGAUACCAUCACUUGCAGGACAAAAGAUCAGAGUGGAGAUGCCUGAAAGGAUGGCUAUGCCUGAAGAAACAGAUGGAGAACCUCAGCAUCUUAAGAAACUUUCCUGUACAAAGGGCAGUGAGAUGACACAAGUUUCAGAUCUGGUUGUGGAUAGUUUCAGGGUGUACCAUGCUAUGAUGACUGAGGUCUGUGCAGGCAAAAAAUACCCAUCCAGAACUGAGAGACUCAAGAGAGAAGACGCAAAGAGAAACAGUUCGCCAAAGUCUCGAGCUCCAAGCAAAGACAAAGACUUCUGUGGGCAGAUGAAGGAGGACAUGUAUGACAGCCUGCAUGAUAAUCUGAACUCUGUUGUGAGACAGUCAUGUAAGAACAAGUUCAGGUUCUACAUACUGGUGACAUCAUCUGACCCAUUCUUCAGAGAGACGAAGGAGCUGUUAGAAGCAGAGGGCCACAUUGCGGUAGAACAGUCUCAAUUCUGCCUUGGAAAGGAUAGUCCAUUGUGCCCUCUACACAUCAUCUUAAGGAACGAAGAUAUCGCUGAACAUAUUUGUGAGGUCCCUCACUUGCUUGAGUUGAAGAAGUCUCAGAAUGUGUUGUUUGCUGGUAUUGACCGUCCUGAUGACAUCGUGAACUUGACCCACCAAGAACUCUUCAGCAAAGGCGGUUUCGUGGUGUUUGAGGGAGCAGCUCUGCACACACUCAGUCUCAGCAACAUGAAGAAAAUGUCUGGUUUCCUGGAGGGAUUGAGUAAAAAAGGGAAGUGGAAAUGGCUCUUGCACUACAGAGACAGCCGGAAGCUAAAAGAGAAUGCACGUUCUAGUGCGGAAGCACAGGGCAAAAAAAUCUUCAUGGACAUCUGCCAGGAGGCUGGAAUGGUGGAGGUCUUACCCUACCAUGAAUGUGACGUCAUUUCAAGGGAACGACCCAACUACCUCCACUGUCUAGUUCGCCUACAGGUCCAGAAUGUAUCGGCUCGUUUACCUGUAUUUAUAACUGACACAACAGCAGACAAAGCGUUUGCAAAACAUGGGAUCUUCACAAUGAAUAUAAACUCUUUCCUGCUGAUUUCUCAGAGUGACACAUGCACUAUUUCUUAAGCUGAUGAGGAAGCUGUCCACAGAAGUCCUCAGUACAUCAAAAUGCAAUGACAUUCUAUUUAUAAAGCCCUUGUUUUAGUUGUCAGAAAGUUGUCAAAGUGAUUUAAAUGAACCCAACCGAGAGGCCAAUGAGCAGCGGCAAAGAGAUACUCUAAGGAAACCUUCAAACCCCGAGAGGAACCACUCAGAAGGGGGAGGCCCCUUUAACAAAUAAACAUUUCUAUUCCAAAAUCAACUUUUUGUGGAAUUCUUGGGAGUUCUCUCAGAAAUGUAAUACAUACUGACGAUCUAACCCAGAUCUAAAUCAUUGUAGUGUAAUAAUACAAAAAAAAUGUUUUGUUUAUAUCAAGGCUAAGAACAUUUACUUAGAUCAACGUUUUGGUUCCUUUGUGUAAAUUGCCUUUAAUUUCAUGUAGAUAUAUUUAUUCGUAAUAUUUUUUUUUUUUUAUAACAGGUAGAUUGUGUAUAGAUUAACAUCUGCUUCAGCAUUAUAUUUCUUCAAUUGUGUAUUUAUAUGUAUGUUUGUAAAGACAUUUAUUGUACUUUUGCGAUAUAAAGAAAUUGAAGUAGUG